AUGAAUUAAUCUCAAAUAUAAACUAAUCACAAAUCAAUUAAAAAAGAUUCAGGGGAAAACAAUAAUAAAUUAUCAAGUGGGUCAAUAGUGGCAACAAAAUUUAGAUUGAUAGAUAAAGUUGGUUAAGGAAGUUUUGGAAUGAUUUAUAAGACAGAGAAUAUGGAGACUGGGGAGAUAUUUGCAACAAAAUUUGAGAAGAGAGAAGAAAAUUAAAAUGGAGCAGUUAGUUUGUUAGUAAGGGAAAUAAAAGUAUUAAUUGAAGUGCAAGAUUUUGAGGGUAUUUAAAAAUAAUUGAAUUAAUAGGAUUUCCUUAAAUUGUAUUUUAUGGAAGGGAUGAGUAUUACAAUUAUUUUAUGUAAACAUAUUUGGGAUACAAUUUGGAAUAAUUAUUAAAGAGAUGCAAUUACAAAUUUAGUAUUUAGAGUGUUUUAAAGAUUGGAAUUAUAUUAAUAGAGAGAAUAAAAAUGUUACAUUAAAAAAAUUUAAUACAUAGAGAUUUAAAGCCUGAUAAUAUUUGUAUAGGUUAUGAUGAUAUCGAUUAGAUAUAUUUAAUCGAUUUUGGUUUAGCUAAAUAUUAUAGAAAUUCUUAAGGUGAUCAUAUACCUUAAAGUGAUAGAAGAGGAAUGAUUGGAACAGCUAGAUAUGCUAGUUUAACAGCACAUUUAGGUAAAUUAUGAUUUCUAAUUUAUAGGAAAGGAACAAUCACGAAAAGAUGAUAUUGAGAGUUUGGGAUAUGUUUUAGUCUAUUUAGCUAAAGGUCGUCUUCCAUGGAUGAAUUUAAAUACUUCUACAAAGUCAGAAAAGUAUUAAAAAAUUAAAGAAUUUAAACAAUAAAUUACUUUAGAGAAAUUAUGUGAAGGAUUGCCUAAAGUUUAACGUCAUAUUCAUCAUAUAAGUGUUUCUUGAAUCUUUUUAUCUAUGCACGUGGCCUAGAUUUUUAAGGAGAACCAGAGUAUUCGUUUCUAAAAGAUCAAUUUUAGAAAUAAUAUUAAAUAGAAGUAUAAUCCUCAUAGAACCAUGUUCCAUUAGAUUUCGAGUGGGAGCGUUUACCUGAACUUAAAAAAAGGAAAUAAAGAGUAAUAGCUAAUUAAUUGAAAUAAAAAUUAGGUACUUAAAUAUAAUUGUAUAAGAAAAAUAAACUGAAAUUAAGCCUGAAUUAGAUAUAAAGAAAAGUUAUGAUGAAAGACCAGAAUAAAGAGGAAGUUCAUUUUUAAAUGUACCUGUUUAAGAAAAUGAAUAAUAAUAACUUUCACCUGAAAAAAAUAAAUAAAGCAGAGUAAAGAUAAUAAAUUUUAUUAAAUUUAGAGAUGUAGUUAAAAUGUAUCUAGUAUGGGUACUAGUUAAAUUAAUAAUUACAAUUAAUAAAGUUAGAAAGAGAAUUUUAGAAAAUUUGCUUAUGAAAAACGAGAGCAAUCUUAUUUCUCAAUUGAAAAAAAAGAAUAAAAUUAAAAGAAUUUCCUUAAAUAAACAUCAACAAAAGCUGAACGUUAAUAAGCAUUAUAGGAUAUAGAUAAUGAUUAUAGAGAUUUUGAUGAUCUAGAUUAAUUGGCAGAUGAGGAAACCAAUAUUGCCAUUUUUAAUAUUACACCUCAUUUAUCAAGAAGAAAAUUUCAAUGAUCAUUUAAAAUAUUAAUUCACACAAUUUAUUAAAUAUCUGAUUUAAAUUUCUAAAUAUAUUUUUAUUACAAUAAUAAUAAAUAAGUAGUAGUAUAUAUAUAUUAUUAUUAUUAUAACUAUUAUUGUCUUCAUAUUCUUAUUAAUAAGAGAACAAGUAUAAUAAUUAGAUUAUGAGAUAGUAUUUUAGAAUUAAUUAAACUUAUAUGAUGAUAUAUUAAAUAAUUAUGUAUAAUAAUCAUUUUGAACUAGUUGGUGAUGAUCUAUUUGUUAACUUUUUGAUGGAUUAACCUCAGUACUCUUUACAUUUUAUAUCAAGAAACAAUUUUCCUCAUGUUAAUAGUAAUUCCAACAUCCAUUACCCAAUUUCAGAUUAUGAAGGUCAACCUUAAUAAGAAUUCCUGAUAGCCAAUUAAAUUCAGCCAUAGAAUCUUAAUAAGAAAUAAUAGAAAAAAAAGAAAAUUGAUGAAACAAUACUCAAUAACAAAAAUAACCUAAAGAAUACAUAUAUAAAUAAGAUCACGAAUUUAAUUCAAGAAACUAAAUCAAAUGUGGCUCCGAAAUAUGAAAGGAAAGCUUCUACUUACACUGAAGAUUCAGCUUAAGCAAAACUUAUUCGUAAUAGAGAGUGUGCUAGAAAUUCAAGAAAGAGAAAGAAAAUCUAUAUUGAAUUAUUAGAGACUAGAGUUAACUCUUUAAAUGAAGAACUUGAAAAAUGUAAAAGAAUAAUCAAAGGACAAAAUAGUUGUUAAUAAUAAUUAGGUUCAAAUCAAUAGGUAUUUUUUAAUAUAUUAACUAAGUUAUAAAACUUCAUUUUGGGUAGAUAACAAUUAUUUGAAAAACUUGAAAAUGCUAUUUAAAACCAUACAGAUAAUAAUGAAAUUAAUCUUCUCUUAGAUUCUAUGAGAUUUAGAGUUGGAGGAGGAGGCAAAGAAAGAGUUAAUGCUUCCAAUUAUUUCUUUUAAUAAAUUAUGGAAAUCUGUUUUCCUAUACAUGUAAGAUACAUGUUAUGGGCAGCUACUUCUGAAAACCAAGAACCAGCUUGGUUUACUAAUUUAUCUAAAGAAAUCAAUCUCACUGAAGUCUAAAACAAAUCUUUAAAAAAAUAAUAUAAAAGAAUUUAAUAAGAUAAAGAUAAAUUGGAAUAGUAUAUCAAUAUAUAUAUAUCUUAUAGAUUAAUCAAAUAAUUCUAAACUGUUAAAGAUAAUUUGUAUUCGAAAACUAAUCAGUUAGAAAAUUUCAUAGAUGAACUCAGAAAUAUACUUACUCCCACUUAAAUUGCUACUUUUCUUAUUGGACUUGAAAAAGUAUGGAACUUUAUUCAAUUUAUAUAAUAGAACAAAUUUUAAAAAGAAAUGAGUAUUUCUAAUCUUUGGAAAAUAUUUGAUGAAGAGUUCGAAACUGAAGUAAAAGAAGAAGAUUCACUACAACAAGAUAUUUAAUAAAAGAAAAUACAUCUAUGA